CCCUCUGCUUUGCCGCCAUGGUGGCGGGGAUGCUGAUGCCUCUGGAGCGGCUCCGCUCCAUCCUGGAGCUGCUGUUCCGCGAGGGCGUCCUGGUGGGAGAGCGGGACGGGUGCCCCCGGCGCACCCACCCGCAGCUGCCCGGCGUGGCCAACGUGGAGGUCCGGCGCGCCAUGGCCUCGCUGCGCUCCCGCGGCCUCGUGCGCCAGACGGCCGCCUGGCGACACCUCUACUGGUACCUGACCGACGCCGGCAUCGCCCACCUGCGCCAGUACCUGCGCCUGCCGCCCGACGUCGUCCCGCGCUCCCUGCAGCGCGUCCCGCGCCCCGCCGCCCCGCGCCCCGACACCCGCCGGGCCACCACCACCGGCACCGGCACCGGCACCCAGCGGGUACGUCCCGCCGGCGGCGACCGCCUCUACCGCAGGAAGGACGAGGGCGAGCGGCACGUGGAGCCCGUCACCGCCGCUGCGGGGCAGGGGGUGUCCCGGCCGCCCCCGCAGCCCAGCCCGGCCGCAGAUGAGCGAGACCGUGUCCAGAAGAAAACUUUCACCAAAUGGGUCAACAAGCACCUCAUCAAGCACUGGCGAGCAGAGGCGCAGCGCCAUGUCAACGACCUGUACGAGGACCUGCGGGACGGGCACAACCUCAUCUCCCUGCUGGAGGUGCUCUCGGGGGACACGCUGCCCCGGGAGAAAGGCCGGAUGCGCUUCCACAAGCUGCAGAACGUCCAGAUUGCCCUCAACUACCUGAAGCAUCGGCAGGUGAAGCUGGUGAACAUCCGGAACGAUGACAUCGCCGACGGCAACCCCAAGCUGACGCUGGGGCUCAUCUGGACCAUCAUCCUCCACUUCCAGAUCUCAGACAUCCAGGUGACGGGGCAGUCCGAGGACAUGACGGCCAAGGAGAAGCUGCUGCUGUGGUCGCAGCGGAUGGUGGAGGAUUACCAGGGCCUUCGCUGCGACAACUUCACCACCAGCUGGCGGGACGGGCGCCUCUUCAACGCCAUCAUCCACCGGCACAAGCCGAUGCUGAUCGACAUGAGCCGGGUGUAUCGUCAGAGCAACCUGGAGAACCUGGACCAGGCCUUCACCGUGGCCGAGCGGGACCUGGGCGUGACGCGGCUGCUGGACCCCGAAGACGUGGACGUGGCGCAGCCGGACGAGAAGUCCAUCAUCACUUAUGUGUCCUCCCUGUACGAUGCGAUGCCGCGCGUGCCCGAGGUGCAGGAUGGCGUCAAGGCCAACGAGCUGCAGCUGCGCUGGCAGGAGUACUACGAGGUGGUGACGGGGCUGCUGCAGUGGAGCCGGCAGCACUCGACCCUCUUCGAGGAGCGUCGCCUCCCCGCCAGCUACGAGGAGAUCGAGAUCCUCUGGCGCCAGUUCCUUAAGUUCAAAGAGACGGAGCUGCCGGCCCGGGAGGCCGACAAGAACCGCUCCAAAGCCAUCUUCCAGGCGCUGGAGGGCGCGGUGCAGUCGGGGCAGCUGAAGGUGCCCCCCGGGUACCACCCGCUGGACGUGGAGAAGGAGUGGGGGCGGCUGCACGUGGCCGUGCUGGAGCGGGAGAAGCUGCUGCGGGCAGAGUUCGAGAGGCUGGAGCGGCUGCAGCGUGUGGUCACCAAGCUGCAGAUGGAGUCGGGGAUCUGCGAGGAGCAGCUGAACCAGGCGGACGCUCUGCUGCAGGCGGAUGUGCGGCUGCUGGCGGCGGGGAAGGCACCACAGAAGGCGGCUGAGGUGGAGCGGGACCUGGACAAGGCCGAUGCCAUGAUCAGGCUGCUCUUCAACGACGUCCAGAGCCUCAAGGACGGGCGGCACCCGCAGGGAGAGCAGAUGUACCGCCGGGUGUACCGGCUGCACGAGCGCCUGGUGUCCAUCCGCACCGAGUACAACCUGCGGCUCAAGUCGGGGGCUCCGGUGACGGCGGCGACGGCCGCGGCGCCGGGGCAGCGGCGGCCGGAGCCGGACGAGGCUCCGCUGCGGUACCUGCAGGACCUGCUGGCCUGGGUGGAGGAGAACCAGCGGCGCGUGGCCUCGGCAGAGUGGGGAGCGGACCUGCCCACCGUGGAGACCCACCUGGGCGCCCACCGCGGGCUGCACCGCGCCGUCGAGGAGUUCCGCGCCAAGGUGGAGCGGGCAAGGGCCGACGAGACCCAGCUGUCCCCCGGCCCCCGCGGCGCCUACCGGGAGUGCCUGGGCAAGCUGGAGCUGCAGUACGCCAAGCUGCUGAACUCCUCCAAGUCGCGGCUGCGGCACCUGGAGAGCCUCCACGGC